CGCACGCUCUCACACACGCUCUGAUAAGAUACAGCCAUUCUGUAGCUCACUAACCUGAUCAACACAUCAUGAUAUAGCAUCUGGAAGGGUGCGCACUGCUGACAGGUCUGGCACAUCAUAAAGCAACCAUGAGGGAUAGACUAAGUCACUUACAGACUCUUUCUGCAUCCAGAAGUAAUCUGGAAGAGCAGGAAUAUGCAGAGUCAGUUUCAGACUCAUUCAGCAAUGUGGAACUGGAAGAUGAAUUCCAUCAGCAGGCCAUCGUCUUUGACAACAAUGAGAUGGACGCCGUGUUUGAUGAAGCUCAAGCUACAAGGCGUGAGAUUCAGCUCAUCCAUCUGGAUGUAAAGCGGCUCAGAGAGCAAAACACACGCAUUCUUAGCGAGCCAACUCGAACCAGCACAGUAAAGCGAGACUCCAAUGCUAUUGCUGCUGACAUUAAAUCCCGUGGGGAGGAUUUGCUGAAACGUCUUCAUGAGAUGGACUCUCAUGCCAAAGAGCUGGAAGAGGAACAUGGUAUCAAUUCGGCUGUAGCCAGGAUUGCUCGAACGCAGUAUGCUGGCCUGAGUAACAGUUUCCGUAAUGUGAUGAUGGAAUACAACGAAGCCGAGAUGAACCACAAGGAAACAUGCAAGACGCAUAUCCAGAGGCAGAUGGAGAUUGUAGGGCGAGAGGUGACGGGUGAAGAGAUUGAGGAAAUGCUGGAGAAUGGGCAGUGGAACAUCUUCAGUGAUAACAUUCUCACAGAAGGCAAAACAGCACGAUCUGCACUCAGUCAAAUUGAAAGCCGACAUCGUGACUUGCUGGAGUUAGAAAAUCGACUCAAGAGCAUCCAUGAGGUGUUCCUGGAUGUGGCCAUGCUUGUAGAAGACCAAGGACCUAUGAUAGACUACAUAUUCACCAAUGUUCAGAAAACUGAUGCUAAACUUGAAGAAGUCCUGAUUCGACUUGACCGGGCUAAGAGACAUGAUAAAAACAACCCAUUCAAGAGGAUGUUCUGUAGCUGCUUUCCAUGCUACAAAUAAUUUUCUUGGGCAAAGAUGUCUGAAUUUUGAUUAUGUGUAUGUGUCUUCAACAAUCCCUAUUUGGCUAAGCUGAGGAAUUACACGUAUCUGUUCACAUAGACAAUUUAUUUCCAAUAGUUGGUAUAUGAACUUGGUCAAAAGAUUAGAAUAUAUGUGUGUGUGUGUGUGAAUUAACUGUAUGACAUUCAUGCAUGACCUUUAGAAAUCUCUUUAGAAACUGCACCCUUCAAGGACAGAAGCUAUGAAGUAGUCAUACAGUUUAAAAUGAAGUAAACACAAGAUUAAUCAUAUAUUUGGUAUACUGGUUUCAGUGUUCUUUAUUAUUCCAUAUUUUUGAAAUAGAAUUGUAUUUCACAGUUAAUGCACUGUGCAGUAUAAGCUACGCUGACCUAUGUCCAAACAUGAAGAGAUAAACUAAAAUCAAAACAGGUGAUUUUUAGACCUUAUUAUGGACAUGUAUAUGCCAAUAUCCCUAGUUUCUGAGGCUGGAUAUUACUCUACAGUAGCAGUUCAAAUAUUAAACGUGGUAAGUCAGUGUGUUUUUGGCUCUGGUCUUCCCACACACUAUUCCCUUUUUAAACUGCCCCUUGCUUGGAAAAAAGCUAGAAUUUAUUCAUUUUUAAAACGAGAGUGGGAUUUUCUCAAGUCAGAUUAGUUUUAUUUCAGAGGAGUUGUUUUACCAACUGAAAUAUUUUACCACCUGAGAAUAAUCCAGAAUGUGAUUCUGUGUUUAUGUAUAUCAUCAGAGCUUCCCCAUCAGUAACAGUAAAUUGU